GGAAAUGGAGAUCAAGUUCCGCGUUACACAUUCGGGUGCAACACUCACAAGCUUCGAAUAUAUCGGCUGGGCGGCUGACUGCGGAGCACACAGCUGGAGCGGAGAAGCAAAUAAGCCACAGGUACACCAAUCAUGGAACGGACGGCCACGAUGGAGGAAGGCGUCGUCUACUCUCCGUAUCCUGACAUAGACUACCCGGACAACCUAUCCUUCUACCAUUACACCGAGCGAUGGAUGCUGCGACACUCCGACGGGAUAGCUAUUAUUGAUGGCGAAAGGCGUGUAACCUUUGACGCUGCACUAAAAGGCAUCCAGCGGUACGCCGAUGGCUACAGAUCUCAGGGCUUGAAAACAGGAGACCGGGUGUGCGUGCACCUCUCGAACUCAGCAGAAGCCAUGAUGGCCUGUUACGGAGUCAUUGCUGCUGGCGGCGCCGUCGUGCUUGCCAAGCCCACACUUACUCGAGGGGAGCUCCUUUACAUAUUAAGAACAAGCAGGGCGUCGUUCAUUGUCCUGGACGCCAUACAUGCCGAAAAAGUGCGAAGCAUCAGCGAUGAAGUUUCGCUUAAGGGAAAAUUUUCGCUGGGGCCUGCUGACGGAUUCUUCCCCAUUGCCAACUUCCAAAGCGUUGAGACCUCCUUGUUUAAGCCCUGUGCCAUAAGCGAGACAAAAUCCGCAACAGCAGUUCUUACGUACACCUCCGGGACCACUGGACUUCCGAAAGCAACGGAUAUUUCUCACUACGCCUUGAUUUCUGCGAUGGAAGUUAUGAGGUGCUUGAAAUUGUUCGAAGAUAAGGACGUCCUGCUGGCCUGGAACCCUAUCACCCACAUUUCUGGCUUCGUGUUUUACAUAUCGUCCCUGUGCUAUGGUACAUUAUCUGUCGUUGGGAGUAACAGGAUGCCCGUGGAAGGCUUUAUCAGCACCGUCAACGCACAUAAGGUUACCAGUAUGUGCGCGUUCCCAACAGCAUUUCAAAAACUACUGGUCCAACUGGAAAGUCUUCAAGUCAAGUUGCCUUCGCUGAAGAAGGUGUUCAUCGCCGGAGCUGUAGCUACGGAGGCCCUGAUUCGAAAGGCUCUGAAGGUAUUCGAGCUGGACAGCUUCCAGAACGGAUACGGAAUGUCUGAAGCGGGAGGAUUCCUAGCCAUGACGCCACCGGGUCAGCUCACGCGCGAGGCUACUGUGGGAUUCGUCGCACCGUCAUGCAAGUGCAAAGUUAUCGACGUCGUCACGGGAAGGGCUGUGCCAGCGGGAACGGACGGGGAGAUCCUCUUCCAGGGACCUCCUCUGUUCACUCGCUAUGACGGUGAGCCUCAAGCAACUUCAUCGGCUUUCGACAAGGACAGUUUUUUCCGCACUGGGGACCUUGGCAGCUAUGACAGUGAAGGACGGUUCUACGUCAAGGACCGGAUCAAAGACAUGAUAAAGUGUUUGGACAACCAGAUAGCUCCAGCGGAGGUCGAGAACUUGCUCCUGAGCCAUGCAGAGGUCGCAGAGGCGGUUGUUGUGGGAGUGCCACACGAGGAUUACGGUGAAGCUCCAACUGCGAUGGUUGUACUCAAAGAGCCUCGUCAUCCUUCCCCUGACCAAGUAGCGGAGGAGUUGAAGGAGCUUGUACAAUCUCAGCUGACGGAAUACAAGCACCUGCACGGCGGCGUUAUUUUUAUUGAAGCCAUCCCGAAGACUGACUCCGGGAAGUGCCUUCGCAGGGAGCUCCGGCAGCGUGCCUUGAAAGUCAGCGGUCUCUGCGUUGCGGACGGCGGCCCUUAUUAAUUAUCCUGUUCAGCCUAGGAACGACAUCUCGGGCGCUGAAGUAUAGCUUCAUUAUACAUAUAUAAAGAUUUAUUGGUAUAAUCUUAUUACACUUAACUAUGAAAAUAAUAAUUGUCAAGAAGUUACAUAUACAAUAUUUCAAAUACUAUAUUAUCUUCUAGUCCUUAAAUAUACCAGAAAAAAUGGCCGGGCACCCAGCAUGCCGUUCUCACGUUGAACAUGACUACCGUUUGUCACAACGUGCCUCCCCAACAAGCCAUCGAUAACUGUUGUGGACAGCUGUUAGCGCAUGCGCAGACAAUAAUGAUGGUGAUGAUGAGUUGGAUUUUAAUGUCGUAUGAGCUACUGUACUCCAUGGCACAGUUAAUACUUCGGCGCAUGGUGAGCACCAAACUGCACUCCCGAAUGUAAGGGCGAAGGCUGUGAUGUUUCUUCGCAAAAAAAAAAAAAAAAAAAUCCUUCAGUAUGGAGCACUCAAGUUAGCUCGAUCGUAACCAGAGCACACAAAACACUUGGCUUCAUCAGGCGUAACCAACACCUAGCCUCGUUAGAAACUACACUCUUAAAUAUGAACUUCACCGCAUAGUGCGCUCCUAGCCAACCAUAAUCUCGAAUGAUAUCGUUAUCUGCCCUGAUUUGUCGAAAACGG